AUGGUUGUGGAUGGGGUCUUUGGUAGCAGCUUGAACGGAUACUCCAACCUAUUGGAUUCUGGUCACAACUAUGCAAAGGAGCAAAGAGCAUCAAGAACUUUCCAUUCCAUUGAACCAUCUUUUACAGUAUCAUCUUUAAUAGCUGCAGAAGAAUUUUUUGUGUGGAGACAUGAAGGCCCAGGCGGUGCUCUCUUUCUUCCUCAUUCUCAUAUCAUCUCCCAGUGGAUGUCAAGAAAAUUAAGCCUUCUAGAUGAAGGAAUUUACAUGUGCUACGUGGGGACAGCAACUAGAAAAAUCACACACAAAGUGGAACUAAAGGUGGGAGCUUUCAUCACACCUGCAAUGAAGUAUGAAAAGAGGAACACAAAUAGCUUCUUAAUAUGCAGUGUGUUAAGUGUUUAUCCUCGUCCGAUUAUCACAUGGCAAGUGGACAAUAUACCUACCUCUGAAAGCAGUAUGGAAGAAAAUGGCUCUUUGGGGCCUUUUAAUGUUAACAGUAGAAUAAAUAUUACAGGAUCAAAUUCAUCUUAUGAAUGUGCUAUUGAAAAUUCAUUGCUGGAGCAAACAUGGACAGGGAGAUGGACAAUGAAAGAUGGCCUUCAUAAAAUGCAAAGUGAAAAUUUUUCACUUUCAUGUGAUUUUGUGAAAAAUUUUUUUCUACUAAAUCAAGAGUUCAUAGUCACUUGGUCCAGACUGCAAAGUGGAACUUCCUCUAUCCUGGGUUACUUUCUGAGUUCCUCACGAAAUACAGUUAUCAAUGAACCCCGACUUUCAUGGACAGGAGACCUAAUAAACCAGAGUGACUUCUCUUUGACUCUGAAGGAUCUUGGCCUUUCAGACAGUGGGGAGUACUUAUGCAAUAUUUCUUCAAGCACACAUACUUCACUCACUGUCCAAACAUUGCAUGUAGGACUGAGUCAAAGGACACUUGUCCGGAUAAUUAUUCUGUCUUUGCAUUUGGUGGCUUUGGUUUUGCUGGUAAUUUGCAUAAUCUAAGUCGAGAGGACACAUUUACUGCAACACAGGCAUUCUCAGCAUAACCAGCCAGUACAGUAAAUGAAGACAGGACUAUGUCAACACACCACAAGCACCCGUACUAAUGACUUCACCUCCUCUUUCCUCAUGGCAAUUCCAUCAAUGGCUUGACAUAACUUGUCAAUUCUACCAUUCCAAGAUUUGGAACCGACUUUUUUCCAGUAUCACAUUCACUCUUCAAGCCCAAAGCAUCAUUCUCUGGUCCCCUACCUGUAAAAAGGCUAUACAUGCCUGGAUGCCUACAUUCCUACUUCAGCCAGCCCAGGAAGCUACAAUUAUGUCCCCACCAAGAACUUAGAAGAAGUGCAUCACUAAGAGCUAGUUCAACAUCUGAUCAGCUGAUGAUGGGUGAGAAAACAGAAGAAGGUGAUCAAUUGCUGAGACAUUGUUUUCUGUGAAUGGUCAAUGUCAGUUUAACCAAGUAGAUUUAGUAUGGUGAGUCUUAGGGACCCAGUCAGUAAGAAUGUCAGUAUCUCCAAGCCUGCCUACGGCAAACGGUUAUAUCAAGUUAAGAACUGAUACCUCUCAACCCCAGGUGCAUAGCUGAGUGACCCUAGCCAUGAAAAUAAUUUGGUUCACCCUUCUGGCUUAGUUGUCACAUUGAUUCUCAUCCUUAUAAAUAAAUUUGAUUUCCAUGAAAAUUUUUAUGCAAGGAGAGAAUAGAUAGCCCAGCUGACUUGAUGAUGAGUUCCACUUAAUUUUAAUCAUCAAUUUAUAAGAAAGAAAAAUCUAACCAGGAUUUUUGAGACUUAGUCAAUCAAGUCUCACCUCUUUAGUUUACAGGAGAAAACCAAUCCUGAUUUGUGUGUGAAUGCCACACCUUGUCCAAUUUUCCCUAUCAACUGGCCUUAACUUCACAAUCUCAUACCUUGUACAGUUUUGUUAACUCUAAGUAUUUGCCACAAUAUUGUGGCAGAUGUUCAUCAUUAACUGUAAAGUUCAUCAUAAACUGUAAAGCAUGCCAUCGUAAAGAAAAAAAAGGACCACAGGACACUGUGAGGAGAAAAUGCUCAGAACUGCUGUAGUCUUCUUACAAUGAUGAGGGGGACAAAUUCAAAGACCAAAGCCAGUACACUGAGGAUGGCAGACAGGAACAAGCCUGGAUCUUUCAACGUGGCUGAGUUCCUGAAUUAAUCUUAGAGCCACCUGCAUGAAUCAGGAUUGGAUCAGAGAGGCAGACUGCUGAGAAUGACAGAGAAUAAGGAUUUAUUGUAGAGAUUUAACCUUACACAACUGUGGGCCCAGGUGAAGUCUAUGGCAAGUUGUCCCCUCUGCAUCUGGUGCCAGACCUGAAGUUGCUGCAGGUCAGCAGUGCCAGUGGUCAGGGAGAGGAGUGGGACACAGAGUGACCUGGAACCCAUAAGAACAGGACAAACAUAUAUGAUCAAUAAAUAUAUGAUAAAGGAGCCAUGGACAUACAAUGGGGAAAUGAUAGUCUCUUCAACAACUGGUGUUGGCAACACUGGACAGCUACAUGUAAAAGAAUGAAACUGGAUUAUUGUCUAACUCCAUACACAAAAGUAAAUUCAAAAUGGAUCAUAGACUGAAUGUAAGUCAUGAAACCAUAAAACUCUUAGAAGAAAACAUAGGCAAAGAUCUCUUGAAUAUAAACAUGAGCAAUUUUUUCCUGGAUACAUCUCCUCAGGCAAGGGAAACAAAAGCAAAAAUGAACAAAUGAGACUACAUCAAACUAUAAUGUUUCUGUACAGCAAAGGACACCAUCUGUAGAACAAAAAAGCAUCCUACAAUAUGGGAGAAUAUAUUUAUAAAUGACAUAUCCAAUAAGGGGUUGACAUCCAAAAUACAUAAACAACUCAUGCCUCAACACCCAAAAAGAAAAUAACCCAAUUAACAAAUGGGCAGAGGAUAUGAACAGACACUUCUCCAAAGAAGAAAUGGUCAAUAGACACAUGAAAAGAUGCUCUACAUUGCUAAUCAUCAAGGAAAUGCAAAUUAAAACCAAAAUUAUAAAUCAUCUCACACCAGGUAGAAUGGUCAACAUUGAAAAAACUAGGAACAACAAAUGAUGGCAAAGAUGUGGAGAAAGGGGAACCCUCCUACACUGCUGGUGGGAAUGUAAAUUAGUUCAACCAUUGUGGAAAGCAGUGUGGAGGUUCCUCAAAAAACUAAAAAUAGAAAUACCAUUUGACCCAGGAAUUCCACUCCUAGGAAUUCACCUGAAAAAAACAAGAUCACAGAUUCAAAAUGACGUAUACACCCCUAUGUUUAUCACAGCACUAUUUACAAUAGUGAACACAUAGAAGCAACCUAAGUGUUCAUUAAUAGAUGGAUGGAUAAAGGAGAUGUGGUACAUAUACACAAUGGAAUAUUAUUCAGCCAUAAGAAGAAAACAAAUCCUACCAUUUGCAACAACAUGGAUGGAGCUAGAGGGUAUUAAGCUCAGUGAAAUAAGCCAGGUAGAGAAAGACAAGUACCAAAUGAUUUCACUCAUUUGUUGAGUUAACAAUGAAGCAAGGACUGAAGGAACAAAACAGCAGCAGAACCACAGACUCCAAGAAGGGACUAACAGUUACC